CCCCGGGGCGCGCUGGCCGGCCGGCUGCGGGCGAGACCUCGGCGCCUGGGCUCUCGCGCCGGGAAAGGACGGAUCCGGCGCCUCGGGAGAGCCCCUGCCUCACUGCUCGUAUAUGGCAAAGUUUCUCGCCAAGCUCCUGGGCUGCACGUUGCCGAGCAAGGGCGCCUCUCCCAUGUGUGAGUCCAAAAGUCACUCCCGAGUUGGCCUGAAAUCAAGCACCAAGCAAAAGACCACCAUUCUCAGCACAUUGGCUAGUGAGAAGUCCUUAUCUGACUGCAAAAAGGAACAGCAAUGGAAAUCUUCAAUGUACAGCAGCAUUACUCCAAUCUGCUUUACAAGCCCUCCAAUUGAGAAGCCAAUUGGCAAAGAAAGCAUGCCUCAGACUCCUCCCUUUUCAGCAAUGUUUGACAGCAGUGGUUACAACCGAAACCUCUAUCAGUCUGCAGAGGACAGCUGUGGAGGGUUGUAUUACCAUGACAACAACCUCCUUUCCGGAUCUCUGGAAGCACUCAUCCAGCACUUAGUACCUAAUGUGGAUUACUAUCCGGAUAGAACGUACAUAUUUACCUUCCUACUGAGUUCUCGGUUAUUUAUGCAUCCGUAUGAGCUAAUGGCCAAAGUUUGCCACUUAUGUGUUGAGCACCAGAGACUAAGUGACCCUAGUGGUGAUAAGAAUCAGAUAAGAAAAAUUGCACCCAAGAUUCUUCAACUCCUGACAGAAUGGACAGAAACGUUUCCUUAUGAUUUUCGGGAUGAACGAAUGAUGAGAAACUUAAAAGAUCUGGCUCACCGAAUAGCCAGUGGCGAGGAGACAUAUAGGAAGAACGUCCAGCAGAUGAUCCAGUGUCUAAUCCGCAAACUUGCUGCGCUCAGCCAGUAUGAGGAGGUCCUGGCAAAAAUCAGCUCCACGUCGACAGAUCGGCUCACGGUUCUCAAGACCAAGCCACAGUCCAUACAAAGGGACAUUAUUACUGUCUGCAGUGACCCUUACACGUUGGCCCAGCAGCUGACUCACAUAGAGCUAGAGAGGCUCAAUUAUAUUGGCCCAGAAGAAUUUGUUCAGGCAUUUGUGCAGAAGGACCCUUUGGACAAUGACAAGAGUUGCUACAGUGAACGGAAGAAAACACGAAACUUAGAAGCUUACGUGGAAUGGUUUAAUCGUCUCAGCUACUUGGUUGCUACAGAAAUCUGCAUGCCUGUAAAGAAGAAGCACCGAGCAAGGAUGAUUGAGUAUUUCAUUGACGUAGCUCGGGAGUGUUUUAACAUUGGCAACUUUAAUUCCUUGAUGGCAAUAAUCUCUGGCAUGAAUAUGAGCCCAGUCUCUCGACUGAAAAAAACUUGGGCCAAAGUGAAGACAGCCAAGUUUGAUGUUCUUGAGCAUCAGAUGGACCCUUCAAGCAAUUUCUACAAUUAUCGGACUGCUCUUCGUGGGGCGGCACAAAGGUCUUUAACUGCUCAUAGCAGCAGAGAGAAGAUUGUGAUACCAUUCUUCAGUCUUUUAAUCAAAGAUAUUUAUUUCCUCAAUGAGGGGUGUGCCAACCGCCUUCCCAACGGCCAUGUCAACUUUGAGAAAUUUUGGGAACUGGCCAAACAAGUGAGUGAAUUCAUGACGUGGAAGCAAGUGGAGUGUCCAUUUGAGAGGGACCGGAAGAUCUUACAGUACCUGCUCACAAUACCAGUCUUUAGUGAAGAUGCUCUCUACUUGGCUUCCUAUGAGAGUGAAGGACCUGAAAACCACAUAGAGAAAGACAGAUGGAAGUCCUUAAGGUCCAGCCUCCUGGGCAGAGUUUAACACACGGGAUGCUGGCUGCUGCGUUCAAGCAGAUCAUCGAGGGGCUGGCCUUUGUUUUCGGGCAUCUAGUGCCACAGAAAAUCGUGACGUCCCUGCAAGCACGCUCCCUCAGGAGCAGAUGGGGACCUUAUUCCCCACAGCUGACAGACUGACUCAAAUUUUGCGAGACUGAAAUGUUCACUGAGGACACUUGAGAAAGAAUCCUCUAAAGAUCCCAGCUCUGCAAUGAUUCAUCUCCUGGAAUUUCCAUGUGAAUCACAGCUCUGCACCUGGAUGGAGCUUUCUUUUGUGUGUGUGUGUGUGUGUGUGUGUUUUAAUUUGGUUCAACAUUUGCUGCUAAUGGGACUUGCCCAGCUGAGUGCUGGCUCUUAGGAAGCCCAUGUUUCUUUGUUAACUUAAAAGAAAAAGGGAGAAGAGGGAGGGGAAGCAAGCCCUCCAUUUAGAUCCCAAACUGCAGCUGAGCGGCAUUGCCGGGAGGGGCCAGGCUGGCUGGAUGCCAACUGCGGACUUUGUUUCCCUGAGCGCGGGCUGUGUUGUGAAUUCCCCUCCUCCCUCUUCCUACAAGGUUUUGAGUUGGCUGCUGGUUAGCAAACUCCUUUUUACCCAUAUAAGUUAUUUAAUAUAAUAAUGAAGUUAACACUGUGGUAGGAAAAUAGCCACUAGAAAAAAAAGCAGAGUUUGUCAUUGGACUGUGUAACAUUCUAGAAGGACCUUCUGUUUUCUUUACCCUUCUGAGCUGUUUACUACUGACCACUGUGUUCUACAGAUGUGUUUUUCAGUCGUUUUUUUGUUACUUAGUUUUCCAUGACGCCUAUUUUUUUUUUCCUCUUGUAAAUUUAAAUUAUCUGACUUUAAGGGUCUUGGGAAAAAGCCCAUGGCCUAAUUACAGUUUAAUUUUUUAAACAGACUUAUUUUUCACUACCUUUCGUAGUCUGUUGGCGACUAAAUAUGUGAACAGAGAACAAAUUGGAAAAGAUAACCCCCGCCCACGAGAGCAGUGAACAAAACAAAUGAAAAACAUCUUGCUGUUGACUCAGAGGUCGAACUAAUUGUGAAAUAGUUCACCUUGUUAAACAUCUAAAUAAAUCUGUAGUGGCUCUGCAAACAGCCAUUAUAUUUAUUUACUCUAGGAAAAACUAGUAGUAAACUGUGCUAAUGAAAAAAAAAAAAAAAAAAAGACAUCAUGUUCAAAACAGAGAUGUAUUUGCAAACUUAAUGACAUGGUUUCAAAAACACAGAGCAUGUCUGUAUGCAGCACGGCAUCUCAGCAGACCUAAAACGUCUCCAAGCUGUCCCUUUACAACCAUCAAUAUAUUUGACACUCUGCGGCCAGGA